CCGGGCGGCGCGGACGCCGUGCAGACGGUGACUGGAGGCCUGCGCUCGCUCUACCUGCGCAAGGUGCUGCCACUGGAGGAGGCGUACCGCUUCCACGAGUUCCACUCGCCCGCGCUGGAGGACGCCGACUUCGAGAACAAGCCCAUGAUCCUGCUGGUGGGCCAGUACAGCACGGGCAAGACCACCUUCAUCAGAUACUUACUGGAGCAAGAUUUCCCAGGCAUGAGGAUUGGUCCAGAGCCCACCACCGACUCCUUCAUCGCUGUGAUGUAUGGGGACACAGAGGGCAGCACCCCAGGGAACGCUUUGGUCGUGGACCCCAAAAAGCCAUUUCGAAAGCUUAGUCGCUUUGGAAAUGCUUUCCUCAAUCGAUUCAUGUGCUCCCAGCUGCCCAACCAGGUCCUGAAGAGCAUCAGCAUCAUCGACAGCCCCGGCAUCCUGUCUGGGGAGAAGCAGCGCAUCAGCCGAGGGUAUGACUUCUGCCAGGUCCUGCAGUGGUUCGCUGAGCGGGUAGACAGGAUCAUUCUGCUCUUCGACGCACACAAACUGGAUAUCUCGGACGAGUUCUCGGAGGCCAUCAAGGCCUUCCGGGGCCAGGAUGACAAGAUCCGCGUGGUGCUGAACAAGGCCGACCAAGUGGACACGCAGCAGCUCAUGCGCGUCUACGGGGCCCUCAUGUGGUCCCUGGGCAAGGUCAUCAACACGCCCGAGGUGCUACGUGUCUACAUCGGCUCCUUCUGGGCACAGCCUCUGCAAAACACUGACAACCGCCGGCUCUUCGAGGCCGAGGCCCAGGACCUGUUCAGGGACAUCCAGAGCCUUCCCCAGAAGGCGGCAGUGCGCAAACUUAAUGACCUCAUCAAGCGAGCAAGGCUGGCCAAGGUGCACGCCUACAUCAUCAGCCAUCUGAAGAAGGAGAUGCCGAGUGUGUUUGGAAAGGAGAACAAGAAGAGAGAGCUUAUCAGCAGGUUGCCAGAAAUCUACAUUCAGCUGCAGCGAGAAUACCAGAUUUCUGCAGGGGACUUCCCCGAGGUCAAGGCAAUGCAGGAACAGCUUGAGAACUAUGACUUCACCAAAUUCCACUCGCUGAAGCCCAAGCUGAUUGAGGCCGUGGACAACAUGCUGAGCAGCAAGAUCUCGUCCCUGAUGAGCCUCAUCAGCCAGGAGGAGACGAGCAUGCCCACGCAGCUGGUGCAGGGCGGCGCCUUCGACGGCACGGCCGAGGGCCCCUUCAACCAGGGCUACGGGGAGGGCGCCAAGGAGGGCGCCGACGAGGAGGAGUGGGUUGUGGCCAAGGACAAGCCUGUCUACGAUGAGCUCUUCUACACCCUGUCUCCUGUCAACGGCAAGAUAUCGGGCGUCAACGCCAAGAAGGAGAUGGUGACCUCCAAGCUGCCCAACAGCGUGCUGGGCAAGAUCUGGAAGCUGGCCGACUGCGAUUGCGACGGCAUGCUGGACGAGGAGGAGUUCGCGCUGGCCAAGCACCUCAUCAAGAUCAAGCUCGACGGCUACGAGCUACCCAACAGCCUGCCCCCCCACCUCGUGCCCCCCUCCCACCGGAAGUCCUUGUCGAAGGCCGACUGAGGGGCAGGCCGUGUGCGGGGCAGGCGGCGCGGGGUGGGAAUCCGGGGGCCAGGGCCUGAGUCCCACGCUGCCGCCGAACCACUGAGCGGCCCUGGGCAAGGCGCUGCCCUCUCUGGGCCUCAUCUUCCCAUCUGUAGAAUGCGGAGAGCAGGCGCUGGACACCAGAUGAAGUCCUUCACCUCUAAAAUUCCGAGUUUCUAGUAAAAUAUUGGGGGGAGGGGGUGGUUUAGGAGAUUGAAGGGUUGAGAAGAAAGGGAAAUCAUCCCAAGAGUGCUCAGAAGCCGGGAGAAGCAGACGUGGAACCCCAGGAGCCACGGGAAGUGAGCCGGGGCUCUGCUGGGCUUCCCUGGACUGUUCAUCGUCACGAACCUGGCUGUCUGUCCCCCAGAGAGAGCCAGGAGGCAGCAAAGGGGAGCCGAUUUAUUUUAUUUCCUGCUUGAAAAAAAGCAGCAGAGAGGCUUUCUGUUCUCUCCAAACUGUCUACCAAAGAGAAGCCUGCUGCUCCCGCUCUGAGAGGAGGCGGCCCCAUGUCUGUGUGUCCCCGUCCAUUCUGCAGGCCUGCAACGCAGGCAGCCAGGUCGCCCAGGGCAUCCGUCCCAGCACCCACUGGCUGACUCCCGCCAGGGCUCCCCCACCCCUGGGGCCUUCCCAGCAAAGUUCUGUUUGGUUAGGAAUUUGGGACUCACAACCUUUAUUAACCCCUUGCAAGACUUCUAGUAUUCAUUUCAAGUCACGUUGAAAUCAGAAGAUUAGCUUCCCUGAUCUAUCCAAUAAUUUGUAGCAAAGUCUAUCAUACUUAAACUAGAGUAAGAAAAGGUCGUUCUCCCCAGUCGUCAGUUAGUGGGUUACAUGUCCCCAAGGCUCCUUGGUCCAUGGCAGGAUUUAAAUUCAGCAAAAACAUGGCUUGGUGUGUGCAGUGUCCUGGCCCUAUGGACACCAGUGGGAUAAGGAACCAGCCCGCGCUGGCUCUCAGGUAGAAGAGGUCAUUCUACUAGCAUUAAACACUAUUUUUAUAAAAAAAUAGGCAUUUUUAUUAUGUCCACUUUUUUUUAAUACAGUCUCUGUACAAAAGAUAAAGGCCUUUAUACAGAAACAAGAUGGAAUCUUUGGUAUAAAGCCUUAUCUUCAACAGGUUGUGUGGUUCGUACCAUGAAUGCCUCACAAGGCAGGAUUUGGGCACCUACCUGUACAUCAGCGCCUGAGUGAGAACACUCCCUGUAAACCUCCCUGGACCACUUGCUCAAAUGCGUAUGUCCAGUGGAGGUCACGGUCCCAACUACGUGGGCUCCAGCUGGAGGAUGCAGGUGCCUUUCUCCAUUAUUUAUGCAAUAAGAGAGACUCGAAAUAGUGAUAGCCAUGUGGUAUGGGGUCCUGCCGGCACCAAAAAUGAAUGAAAUGUGGACAGUCCCACCUAAGUCUUCCAAAAAGCACGUUUUUUUUUUCUGGUGUCACCUGUGACAUCAGGGUCGGAACUGCAGAUUUAAGGAAAAUGUUUAUUUUAAAGAAGGUUUUAUCCAGAUGCCAGCCCUCACACUCCCUAGCUUACUCUCUAAAUAAUUUAGUUUUCAGAGAAGUAAACGCAUAACAUGGUUUUUAAUCUUAACGAGCACUUUUAAAUUAGACACAUAGAAAAGGGACAUUUGUAAUAAUUCCAGUACUGUAAUAUGAGCAGAUAGUUCUAUGAACGCAUGAGGACUGCCCAAGCGUGUGAGCACGGUGGAUCCACCAAAGGGCAAGGUUGAGAGAGGAGAGAGUCCAUUUGUCCAAAAGUUUAGAGAUGCCAAGGUUAGUUAGCUGAUUUCCAUUCAGAAUGAUCUUGCUUAUUUAACUCUGCUCAAUUGUCAUAUAUAAAGAUAAAUAUAUACACAUAUAUGUCACAUGAGUAUGUAUUUUUGACACUGUGUGUGUACAAAUGUAGAUAUGGCCAAGUUUUAUUGACAUAGGGACAUAGAGGAAUAGUGUUUUAGAGGAGCAGCCGACAAGGUUGCUGGUUCUACGUGGAUGGAAACGCCCCGUAAGGUUGUGAUCCCUGCCCACCAUGCCCUCAGGUGGGAGAACAUCUUUGUGAAUGCUUUCCCUGCUGAGAAAUAAGGAAGAAAAAGGAAAUCACAUGUCCUUUUGUCUUAAUAUCAUCUCUUAAAACAUGAAGUUAUCCAUUAUGAAAAGUUGAUUGGAAAGAAGACCACUGGAAAACAUUUGGGACGGUGGCCAACCAAGGACCCAUAUCUCCCCAGGACCUGCACAGUGUUCCUUGAAUCUGUGUUCAAAACACCCUUGUCCCCUGACCUCACAUAGCAGGGUGACAAACACGAAGCCCUCAGGAUCUGCACUCUGACCGGCCACAUUGCCCUCCUGCACCACCCCAUUGUCCCAGUGCCCCCGACAGCGUGCUCGCAGAUGGGUGGGAGGGUGGAGGUAGGUAAACUCUAGAACUCGGAAACUACCUUCGUGCUCUCCGUGAUUCCACAGAAGAAAACCUAAGAAUCUUGAGUCCAUUUGCUGUACAGCACAUGAUAGCACAUAACACAAACCUCUGCAUUCUUAAGUUCAGGGGGGGAAAAUGAAAACUUCUGCUACUCCUCCAAAAGUUGACUUCCAAGUUGUGAGCCUGCUCAUAAUGCCCACCUGAACCUUCAUGUACAGAAGAGUUGCGCUGACACCUGCCGAGACACCGCCCCCCCAGCUCUACAGCCACAUGCUGACAUUCAACCUGCUUGGCAUCAUACAUGGAUUCUUUCCUCGCCGCGGGCUUGGGUGACCCGGGGCAGGGGUGCUCUAACAUGGGAGGGUCAUGCAUUUGGUUGGCUUUGGCUUCUCCAGGACUGGACUGGGUUCUCUGGAACACUUGUUGUCAUGCAGCAGUAACUCCUGGAUUGGGGGCUGUGGCUCCUCCCACAGGAAAGUGGGCCUUAAGAGUUGGAUUCUUACACUAUUGUCAUGGGACUGGUGUCCAGGGGGUUUAGAGAGCACAUGAGAAGCCAAACGCCCCUGCUCUCCCCCACCAACCACCCCCAUUACCAGCCUGCAGGAGAGGCCUCACCCAAGCCCAGGCCGUGGUCCUUCACUGUGUCUGCUGCGUCCCUUCACCACACCAGGAAUGUCUUGUGCUGGAGUCUGCCGCCCAGCAUGGGGUUUAACCACCGGAGUCAUGACCCGACAGCCACCGCCGGAACCUUUCCACUUAGCAGCUACACUCCUUCCUGAUGCCCAGAGCAAUACCCUGGACAGAUUGCCUUGGAGAUAAGGAAAGCAUUUAACUGAGGCACUGUUUACUUCCUCCAUGGAAUGUGGCAGAAGAAUAACACUUUUAGGACAGAUAACCACUGGGUUUUUUUGGUAAACAUAGCCGAAUUUAAGAGUGUACCAAGUGACCUGUCGAUUAGCCAAUGCAAUUAAUAUACAAUGCUUCUAUUUUUUUGUAAUCUUGUUUAGGAGUGUCAGACAAAAAAAUCUACUGAUAAUAAACUUCUGAAAAAAAUCA